AUGGCCUCAAGGUUGUUCAAACACAAGGCUCUACAGCUAACUAUUGCAUCCAGAGAUUCAUCUCUUCUUGCAGAGGCUAUACUGGAGAGUAUUCUGAAGAAAUCAACAAUGUCUGCUGUCACCUUUUCUGAAUUUGAACCAGAUCAAGUGUCUACUGGAGUGGGAUACCUGUUUAUUUUUAGAUGA